CUGUGUUCAGUGCUGACCUCUCUCUGCUGCAGAUGCACCAGACCUCCAGGGACAGAAUCAAGCUCAACCACUUCACCGCCUGGACUGGAUUUCUAUAGCACCUGUGUGAAAUCACCAGGGAAACACUGAGCUGCUGUUCUUGAAAAUGAAGCUGUCCUGAGAGAGCAGAAAGUGGAGGGGGGUCUGUGUAGUGGAUGUCUGAGCGCUGCAGUGUCUGCUCGCCAUGGCAGCAGCUCUGCCGGUGUGCUACCACGGCGCCAUGAGCAGGAAGGAGUGCGAGGAUCUGCUGGGAAAGAAGAACAAGGAUGGAGCUUACCUGAUCCGAGACAGCGAGACCAUCCAUGGAGCCAUGUGUCUGUGUGUCUAUAAAAAGAGGGUGGUGUAUACCUACAGACUGCUUCAGACACACAAUGGACAGUACACUCUCAUGGCGGCGGGGGGUGUGGAGGAGACGUUCUUUAAGAACUUGGAAGAUCUGAUUCGUCACUAUAAGAGAAAGAACCAGGGCCUGGCCAUGCACCUGCGCCACUCCGUCAAAAGGAAGACGGCCUUGUUGAUUAAACCCCCAAACCCACCUGGAAACUCACCUGGAAACUCACCUAGAAAUCCACCUAGAAAUCCACCUGGAAACCCACCUGAGGAAGAGGAGGAAGAUCCAUUCGAAGAACCUGAUUAUGAGAACGCUCCUAACUCUGAAUACGUCGAGGUCCUCCCUGAUUAACACGAAGCAUCAAGCACAUGAAGAAAGUGCCAAAGAUGUUUUGGGGAAAAAGUCUGAACAAUGGGACUUAAAAAGGACGACGGAUCAAGUUCAGAAUGAUGAAUAAGGAACGUGGACGUUGGACACGUCCUUAACAACAAAGAUCUUCAUCUUGUAUUUUCAUUUUUUUUUUGUUGCUGUUUUUAUCCAGCGGAUCAGUGGUCAUUCCACCACUUUGCUCCAGACUGAAAUAUCUCAACAACUAUUUAUGGAUUGCCAUGAAAUUUGCUUCAGAUACUCGUGUUCACCAGAGGAUGAAUCCUCCUGACUUUCAUGAUCCUCUGACUUUCCCUCUAGUGUCCUCAGCAAGUUUCGUACAUCUGGGACACACAUUCACGUCCUCCAUGAGCCUUAGUCUUGUUCUAGUAUUCCUCAGUCUUUUACAGUUUACAGUUAUAUUGUAGGACUUGUUCCAUCUGAUCAUUUGCAUUUGACACAUGCUAGUUAGUUACAGGCAUAUGGAAAGUCUUGACCUAUAAAAGGGAAGGUGUUGAUGCAGCAAAAUUUACCCAAAUAUCUCAAAAUGUGUGAUCCAGUCAUCCAGCUGAAGGACAGUUUCAUUAUUCCUCAGCCGUGGGCUCAUUUACAUGUUGCUUCGCAUCAUUAACAGUCGUGAAAGGCACAAAUUCAGCUCCAUAAACUGAGAGACUAAACAGUUUAACCCCUCCCUGCUUGUAGCUGAGCUGAAACACCAUUUCUUGGUCUGCAAAUGUGGAAUUAAUGAAGAAACAGGAAACUCAAAGAAUAGUCACGUAUGUUUAAAUGUUGUAAAAGCGCUCAACCUGAGCUUCCUGAAGCAGGACACAUAAAAUGAAAGUAUCAGUCUGGUCGCCCAAGUAACAUGAGAAGAGCAAAACCAUAAUGUGUCUCAAAUGUUUUGACUUCUCUGCCCUGGUUGUUUGGUCCUUAUUGUGUCGGGGACUAUUUUCUGCGGUGCACUGAUCCAUAUGUGGUGCUGUAUAGAGUAUUUUGGGGCAGCAGGUGUGUGCGUGGGACUGAGUCUAAAUCAAUUUCAGUGUGUGUUUCUGGUGAUGAAAGUUUAAUAAUAGUAUUAGUAAAAGUUUUUGGAAACAUUGGAGCUGUGCGGCUCAGAAGAAUAAAUACUCUCACACUACUGCGUUAAUCAGGUACAGUCAGUGUUGGUUUUGCUCUUGUCAUUAAAGUGCCAUUAAACUUUUAAUGAAUAAUA